GAAGUGGAAGAUUCUGUUCCUUCUAUGAGUCAUUUGUCACUAGUAUAGCAUAGAUGGAAUGGUCCUCAUAUUGACUUGGUUUGUUUCUCAUUAUGCAGAGUAAAUAAUUACACUAACUUUUACACUUGAAAAAUAUACUUAUUAUGAUGGGUUGGAUCUACCUAUUGCUUUUACAGAAAGAGGACAUACCAUUGCAUUCGCGAUUAGCGAUUUCCAGUAUUUUGAAGUCAUUUUGCCGGGACCACCAUUCUCUAAGUAAACAUUGUAUUUUGAAAUCAUUAAAAUCUUUAUUAUUAGGUGGAAGGUGCCUGUAAUAGUCACUUAUUUUGUUUUUACUGCCUUCCAAUACCAGAGCUAUACAUACUUCAUAGCCUAACAACCCUCUUGCUUUGCCAGCAACUAGAAACAUUCUUAUAUUGUUGCUCAGUACCAUUCAAUAUGUCGUCUGAAGCUCGUAUGUUUAGUAUUUCUGAUACAAUCGUCAAGGAGAUCGACCGAUUUCGCUUGAGACUCAAGAAAUCUCUAUUGUUUGCCUACAUUUUUAAGAUAGAUAAAAGCUCUAAAGAAGUAGUACCAGAUGGAGAAAUUAUGCAAAUAGAAAGUGUAGAAGAAAUCGCCGACGAAUUGUCUGAAACGCAGCCUCGUUACAUUCUUGUUUCUUACCCUACGAAAACAACUGAUGGUCGUUUGAGUACACCCCUUUUUAUGAUUUAUUGGAGACCGAGUAGCUCGCCUCACGAUUUAUCUAUGAUUUAUGCAUCAGCCAAGGUCUGGUUUCAGGAUAAAUCUCAAGUGCACAAAGUCAUGGAAGUACGAGAAGUUGAGGAUAUUACUACGGAUGCAGUAGAAGAGUUCCUUCAUUAAUUCGUUUUUUUCCUUCUAGUUCUUUUCUCUGGAAGGAUGGAUGACUAUGUUUCGCAGCCUUACAUAAUGUUAGAUAACGAUUUCAGUAACUGUCUGUCUUUCUUUCCUCUAUACGUUUCCUUUACACAAUAAUAGUUACUUUUGCUUAUUCAAUUUCAUGAGAAUUUAUGUUGACGAAAGUCGAUGACAGAUCUUUCCUUGAUUUACUAGUCCAUCACAGUUUUUUUAUGUUGUGUGAAGUCAAUUUCAUUGAAUAUACUUUUGAAGUACAAACUUUUUGGAGGUCUCAAAGAGUUACCCAAUAUGAACAAGAUACUCUGAGAGUGCUUCAACUCAAAGUUUCCAAACUUUGCCAAAAGAAGAAUUUUCCAAAAGUCCCUUUACAGGACCUUGCUUGGCUCCAUAUUCGGCCUUCGGUCCAGCAACCGUAGCAACAAAUUUGGGAUUUCCGCAAAUGAUACAAAGAGUCUCACUUAAAGGGACGUUAACAUUAUCCCAUUUCAUAAUAUCGUCUACAUCUAUCAAGCGAUCUUGGAUUGUGCGGACACGAACAUUGGGACAUUCUUUCUCUAAUUGCUCCUUCAAAGCAGGCUCUUGACCUGGUCGUUCGCAAUAGACGAUAUCAACAGGAACUUUCGAGUUCUGAGCUAACUGAUAGAUAGGAGCAAAACCGGUACCGGCAACAAUACCAACAAUUCUAGAGAACUUAGUGAAAUCUAGCUUUGUAGUCUUGAAGGGACCACGAAGUUCGAUGGUGUCUCCUUCUUUUUUGGAAUGGAUAUGGGAACUCACAGGUCCAUCUUCAUAGUUGCGGAUGUAGAACUUUAAAUUAUCCUCAUUGAUGUAUAAAGGGGUAUAAGGACGCUGAACUUGCAUAUCUGGGUUGCGAAUAGUGACUUUGGUAAUAGGAUCCCAAUUCUUCAUAUUUUCAGUAGAACCCUGGGGAGUGAGAGUGAAUAUACUGGCAUCAGGAGUAAUUUUGGUAAUCUUAGAGACAGUAAAGGGAGAAUAAACUUCCGGAUUAAGGCCGAUAGGCUUAUUCUGAUUUUUAUAGGCAAAGUACCCACCGACGCAGCCAACUGAAAGGCCACCUAGCAAAAAUUUGGAAAAUCUUUUAUAAUUAGCAGACAUUUCAAAAAAAAGGAUCGUAAACUGCUAUAACUAAGGAAUGAGAGAGGAGGGGUAUUUUAAUCUUUGACGAAGAGAGUGCUGUUGGUGAAGUUAGAAAACUUAUCAAUGGCAUAAAUAUUUAUUAAGGGAAGGAGGCAGCUUAUUGUUGUUUAAAUGAAAGCAAAUUCAAAGAUAAAAAAGCUUAUAAAUUCUGAGAAUUCUUUAAAAAAUGAU